CGGCCGACGUAUAAAAGCCCCCGAGGGAGGCGGAAGGGUUUUAGGGCUUUAGGGUUGUCUGCGUGACGUCGCUUCUCCGCACCGCAAUCCACGUCAAGAAAAUGAGCACCGAGGCUGUGAAUCCGAAGGCGUACCCUUUGGCCGACGCUCAGCUGACAAUAACCAUCCUGGAUCUGAUCCAACAGGCAGCCAACUAUAAACAACUCAAGAAGGGUGCUAACGAAGCAACCAAAACCCUGAACAGAGGUAUAUCCGAGUUUGUGGUGAUGGCAGCUGAUACGGAGCCGCUCGAAAUCCUUCUCCAUCUCCCCUUGCUUGCCGAGGACAAGAAUGUGCCUUAUGUUUUUGUUCCUUCCAAACAAGCUCUUGGUCGAGCUUGCGGAGUUACGAGGCCUGUGAUAGCUUGUUCUGUUACCAGCAACGAAGGUAGCCAGUUGAAAUCUCAGAUUCAGCAACUCAAGGAUGCUAUAGAGAAGCUGCUGAUCUAGUUCCGGGGAAAUGACGGGCUGAUGAUAGGUGGGGGCCUAUAGGAUUUUGACUACCGUCUACGGCUAUUAAUUAUGUUGCAAUUGUCUUGUUAUUUGAAAACUCUAUUUAUUGCCGGGUUUAAGAAAUGCGUGAUAUAUGGGCGACCUAAGAUAUAGCCCUUCUUAGA